AUGGCUUCCACCGUCAACUCCGCGUCUACUGGCAACAACGCAUCGGGUAAUGCUUCGUCGCAGAAUCCCACUGGUAGAGCCUCGUUGAGGCCCAGCGCUAGCACCAGAGUGCCCGAUAAUCGACGACCCUCCCCUGUUGAUGGCGGCCCGAGACGUAGCAGCUCCCAGAAAGCUUGGACCCAGGGAACGAACCCCAUCACCCAAAAAUACUCGCAACAAAACGGCAACAUGGCCCAUCAGAAACAAUCUGCUUCUACCAAGGCGCCCAGGGAGACCAACACCUCGGACAACCAUGCGCAUGACCGCUUGAUUUUCUUGGUUACCAGCUUCAUUGGUUUGAACGCUGUUGUCACCACUAAGAACGGUGAGAAGUUCACCGGUAUCUUCUCUUCCUCGACCCUUGAAGCAAGCGAGUCGUCCUUUGUGCUCAAGAUGGUGCAACGAUCCAAACCUGAUCAAUCGCGAUCCAAUGGAGUUAGCGAUGUUGCUGCUCCUUUCUUGGGCUCACCUCCCGAGCACAGCAUGGUUUUUGAUGCCAAGGACGUGUUGGACAUCGCUGUUGCAGACGUGUCGCCGGCUGAUGUCACAACAAAGACGUCGAACGGAGCUUCCGCUGGCUUUAGAACUGAUUCCGAUAUUUCCGGAAACCUCGCGACCCGUGAGCGGACCUUGAAGCGUUGGGAGCCGGCGGCGGAUGAUAUCGAGGCGCCCCUUGAAACCGCGACUAACACGACAGGUUGGGAUCAGUUUGAAGCCAAUGAACGCCUUUUUGGUGCCACGAGUAACUACGAUGAAACCUACUACACUACCACAAUCGACCGUUCCGACCCAGCCUAUAAGCGGAAGGAGGCUGAGGCCGCUCGUAUUGCUCGUGAGAUUGAAGGCGCCGACACGGACAAUCCUCAUCUCAGGGAAGAAAGAGGAUUGGCACCGGCUCAAGGUGUAGGCGAGGAUGAAGAGGAGAAGUACAGCGGCGUUCGUCGUGAUGAGAAGAAUUUCCCACCUCUCGUGUCUGGGCAGCCGAACAAGUACACUCCACCGGCGCGACGACAAGCUGCUGCUGCCGCUACUGCCGCUCAGCAACCCGCUACGACUGCCGGUGCGCCCUCGAAGCAGCCAGUGGCCCCGGUUCCAACACAGGCUAAGGAACAGGUUCCUCCUAAACCCCAGCCAGGACCGUCGACCGCAGCAGCUAAAGCGGCCACUGACGCGCAGCAGAAGUCCGUUCCCGACAAGGCUACCGCAACAACGACUGCUGCGCCAGCGCCCAAACGGGCGGCGGACAACGCUACUGCCAACGUGGAAGCCGAGGUGCUGGACCACUUCCGGCAAUUUGCCAACAAUGAGAAACUGAAAAUGCAGGAGCGCCGUCGGAACCAGGUCUCUUAUGAUCGCAAUGUCAAGUUGAAUGAAUUAAUGAAGUUCUCCAAGAAUUUCAAACUUGCCACCCCGGUCCCGAAGGAUCUGGUUCCUAUUCUCGCAAAAGACCCUAACAAGCAGGAGCUGAUUGUCAAUCGAGCUCAGGUGCAACCUGAAGACGAAAAAACGACCAGUAGCAGGGCCACUCCAGUUACGGCCGACCAAAAGCCCGCGCCCCCUCGUGGCCCAGGUCCUGCGAGUGGAUCAGUGCCUCCGCAGGCGCAAUCGAAUCUCAACCGUGGUCGCCAGAUGUAUCCUCCCACAGGGCCCAACGCUGGACCAAGUGGGCGAUUCCAGAACCAAGCACCGCAACCGGGCCGCCCGAGCACCGGCAUGCUCAGCCACCGUCUUGCAGACAACCUGCAGCAGCGAAAGGGAGCCGCCGUGGGACCUGUCCCGGCGCCCUUGCCCAUUCAGGAUGCCCGUCUGCCUCCCUCGGGCCCGGCUGGUGAGCGAUCUGGUGUCAGCAGCCCGAACAAGACGCCAGUAUCUACGAAGUUCAAUGUCAGAGCUAUGGAGUUCAAGCCUAACCCGGCUGCGAGCUCGUUCACUCCUGGCGCUGCAGCAAGUCCGCAGCCUGCCUUCAGAGGCCGCUCCAUCUCUCGCGCCGCGAGCCCGUCUGUUUUCUUCGGAACGAAGAAGCCCCGUUCCAUUACCGAACGGCCAUCUCUUAACGACCAGUUUAACCCUAUCAAACGGAUGAAGAAGGAGACUGCCGAGCAGGCGGACAAAUUGUCCUUUAACGGUGGCAUUCCUCCAGCUUAUAGGACUAUGCCAACCUGGGACGUCCCUGCCGGCAAUAAUGAAAAGACUUACUUGCAAAUGUUCAAGCCGCCGGCCACCGUGCCGGGCAUGUUCCCUCAGCACCGUGCCGGCUCCAACCCUCAACUGCCUCAUCAGCCUCAGAUGCCAUUCCCAUUCCAGCAAGCGGCUCCGGGUAUGCCCCCGGUAUCUGGCCCACCACACGGACCCCAUCUUCAUCCUCAACAGCACCACUCCGUGCCUCCUCAUUUCGACGACCCUCAUCGUAUGCAGUUGUCGUCUUCGACCUCGCAAAUGUUCCCAUCCCCCAGACUACAGCACAACCACGUUGCUUACCCAUCUCCUAUGGCCCCGCAUGCGCAGCUGGCGUUCCAGCAGCCCAUGCCUCAGUUUUACAUGAACCAGGGGGCACCUCCGCCCCCUCACAUGAGGCACUACCCGGGUGCCCCACAGUUUGUCAAUCCACAGGGAGCUAUGGCAGCACCCAUGAUGGUCCAGCAACCUUCCGGCGGUCCUUAUAUGGGGGUUCCUCCUUACAAUCCUCAAAUGCAGAUGUAUUCACCCAAUCCCGGUCAGGCCUAUCCUCAACAUGCGCCUCCUCCUCAGCCUCAUAGUGGAUUCCCGAGCCCUGGCCGGGGCGCCCCAAUGAUGAUGCAUCAGAAUUCCCAAUCCGGUCAGCCGCCCCAACCCGCCAUGUUCAUGACGCCUGGACAACCGGGGCAACCUAUGUAUCCUGCUCAACAGGCAGGGCAUAUGCCUCCAGUACGCGGAAAUUACCCCCAGCAGCAACCGCACUUCCAGUCGAGCCCUCGUCAAGCGCAUCAUUAUCCCCCUCACCAGCAUCGGACCCCAAGCAGCGGCUACAACCAGGUGCCGCAAAUGGCGCCUCAAGUGCCCCCCUCUCAACCACCGCCGGCCGCAUCUCAUCCUCCCGAAGCUGCUGAGAACGAAGUGAAAUGA